AUGCGGCGAGACGACCGCGGGCGCGGUGGCGGCGGCGGCCGCGGCGGCUUCGGCCGCGGCGGCGGCAGAGACGGCGGCGGCCGCGGACGAGCCGGCCGCGGCGGCGACUUCUUCCCCAGACGCGACAAGUUCCAAGGCCGCACGCAAGCGACCGCGACGAAACUCUCCGUCCCGAAGCCGGUGAACUUGCCGUCGAUGAAGAAAGAGCACGCGGGGAACGACCCGAACGCGCAGCUCGUGCCCGCGACGCACCAUCCCGGGGGGUGGAGCAAAGACGACCAUCCCGGGGGAGGAGCAGUUCUCGAUCGGGACGCCGCCGCGGGCGCCGGCGGCGACGGCGGCGGCGGCAGCGCGCUCGUGGACUCCAGCGCGUCCUGGGCGUCGCCGCUCGCGCAUCGCGCGGCGGCGUCGGGGGACGGCGCGCACGGCGGCCGACCGGGCGGGGAGGUCACGACCGCGCUCGCGGGGGGCGGCGACGGCGACGCGCGGACGCGGCUCGAUCAGCAUCUGAGUCAUCUGCCGCGGCGCCUGAACCAGAACGAGUAUCCCACGCUCAGCGCGGACGGCGGCGGCGGCGGCGGCGGUAAUCAUGGUAAUCAUCAUCAUCAUCAUCAUCAGUAUCGUCAUCAUCAUCACGACGACCAGCCCGACGUCGUGCCGCAGCAUAACCGGUGGGACGACGACGAGCGCAGAGGCGCGAGGGCGCCGAUCGAACGCGAAGACGCGCGGCGGCGGUUUUUUCAACCGGGCCCGGGCCCGGGCCCGGGCGACCGCGACGCUCGAAUGGACGCGCACGACGACGACGACGACGACGAUCGCCGCGGUGGUCGCUUCCUCCGCGACGACCCGCUGAACUUCCCGCCGCCGCGCCGCGCGUACGACGACGACGCCGGCGACGGCGCGCCGCCGCCGCGCGAGCGAUUCGAGCGUCGAUUCGACGAUAAUCGCGACGAGCGCGACGGGCGAGGGCCGCCGCCGCCGACGCCGCCGCCGGGGAACGGAUCCUAUACCGCCGCUCGCGAUCGCCGCGACGAACGCGACGGGUGGGGCCGGGAACGUCCGCGCGAUUACCGCGAUGAGCGCGACCGCGGAGGGUACCGUCGCGACGGGCGCGGCGACGACGACGGCGACGACGGCGACGACCGAGGCUACCGCGGCGGCCGCGACGACCGACGACGCGACUACGACGACGAUCGUCGCGAUCGGUACGGACCCCCUCCGCGAAGCGGCGACCGCGACCGCGGGGGGUACUACCGCGACGACCGCGGGAGGGAUCGAGGACCGGACGAAUACCGCGGCGGCGGCGGGGGACGCGGCGGGGACGAUUUCCGACGCGACGACUAUCGACGCGGCGGGGACGAUUUCAGACGCGACGACGGGUAUGGAGGCGACCGGUACGGCGACCGCGACCGCGACCGCGACCGCGGCUCGCCGCCGCCGCGUCGGUAUCGCGACGAACGUGACGCGUACCCGAGAAGGGACGAACGACGCGACGCUGCGUACUCGUACGAUCGACGCGACGACGACCGCGGCGGAGGCCGCGGGCGCGGGCGCGGCGGGGACUUCUUCGAUUCGCAUUCGCAUUCGCAUUCGCGCGACUACUCUGACGGUCGCGACGACCGCGACCGCGACCGCGCGCAGCAGCGCGACCGACGCGGACACGGCGGCGGGGCUGGUUUCGGACGGAACGAUCGCGGCGACCGCGGGUUCGACGAUCGCGAUCGCGGGCCGCCGCCGCGGGGGCACCGGGGCUUCGACGACGAGUUUUACGGGCGGGGUCGCGGCGGCGGCGGCGGCGGCGGCGACCGGUUCGAUUUCCCGCGCGCCGCCGCGAAGCCCCCCGCGGGGCCGCCUCCCGCGCCGCCGCCUCCCGGCCCGGAGAAGGACGAAGCCAGGGACGAGUUCCAAGCCGAGCUCCUGCGCGUCCUCGCGGAGCAAGAAGCGGAGCGCGAGGAACGGAAGCGGCUGGAGAGGGAGGCAGGCGCCGCGAAGGGCGCCGGCGGCGACGACGCCGAAAAGGGCGGCGUCGGAUCCCCGCCCCGCGGCGUGAAGCUCGGUCGAGGCCUCGGGAAGCCCAGCUCGACGUGGCCGAAGAACGCCCCCCCGAACGCUGCUAACGCCACCGCCAACGCCGCGGCGGACGACGACGGCGGCGAGAGCGACGAGAGCGACGACGACGGCGGCGCGGACGGCGGGGGCGGCGGCGGCCCCGGGGCGAUCGGCUCCGGCGCCCCGCGCGAGCGAAAGAAACGCGGCGGCCGCCGCGUGCGCGAGGCUGAAGAACGCCGCGCCGCGAAGGAGCGAGAGGCUGCCGCGAACGGCGUCGCGCCGCCGCCGCCGGCUCGGAGCCCGUGGGAAGCGAGCGGCGUCGACGUCCACGCGCCGAUUCCGUCGUACGGAGGCCAGUCGCGGGGCGCGCCGUCGUCGUCUCAUGCUCAAAACGUGGCGCAAGAGGCGGAAUCCCGGUGGGGCGCCGGCGCCCUCGGCGGCGUCGCGUGGCAAGGCCCGAUCGCGGAGAUGCAAAGAAGCGCGAGCGUGGAUAACCUCGGACGCGUCGCGCCGGGGCAGUCGGCGCACUCGAGCCCGAGCCGACCGGGACCGGGAAGGAUGGCGCCCGGGCGCGGCGGCGACGGGGACUCCUCCGUCGUCGGCGCGUUACCGAGCGACCUCACGUCGGACGGGAUCGCGGGGAACGGACCCGCGAGGGUCGGCACGCCGCCGCCGCCGCACCCCGCGAGCGGCGCGAGCGGCGGCGUCGGGGCGUACGGGAUGCCGCCGCCGAACCCGAACCCGCCGCCGCCGCCGUACGGCGCGGGGGGCGGCGGGUUCGGAGGAGGGUUCCCCGGUCGAGGCCAGGGCCCCGGCCUCUUCGGCGCCCCCGGCGGCGGGCCCGGGCCUGGGCCACCGCAGAUGCGUCCCGGCGCGAGCCAGUACGCCGCCGCCCCCGGCCCCGGCCCCGGGUUCGGCGGCGGCCCGCUCAACCUCGGCUACGGCGGCGGGAUGUGGUCCACGGGGGACGGCGCCGUCGGACCCGGGCCGCCGGGGGGCGUCGUCGGCGGGGACGUCGCCGCGGACGUCGCCGCCGCCGCCGCCGCCGCCGCAGGCGCCGCCGCGGCGGCGGCGAUGCAACGCCUCGACGUCGGCGACGCGUACUUGGCGAGUAACCCCUACGCAGCGCGCGUUACGUCGAGGGCGUAUCCCGCGUACGGCGGACCGGGGGCGAACCCGUACGCCGCGCCGUCGACAGCGGCGCCGUCGCCGCCGCGCCCGCCGCCGGGCUCGCCGCCGGGGCCGGGGGCGCCGGGAAGAGCCGCGAACGUCCCGCGGCAACCCGGCGGGUCCGGGUCCCCGGGGAGAGCGAGUGCCGCGGGAGAGGCCGCGGCCGCGGCCGCGCUGGGAGGCCACCUGGGAUUCAUAUCCGACCGCGACGGCGGUGGCGGGAACUGA